AUGAAGCUAUCAUACAUCAUACAACCUCAGUGUCUGUUUAUAUUCCUCAGGUUUAAUCGCACUCUAUAUGAAGCUUACGUGGAGGAAAAUUCAUCUCCUGGCCAGCUAGUCAUCAACCUGGUGGCCACGGACCUUGAUGCCUGGGACCUGGGCAAGCUGCAGUACACCAUCCUGCACCAGACUUCAGAGGGAGCCUUCACCGUGGACAAAGAAGGCAACCUAUACACUGAGACACCUCUGGAUCGCGAGUCCCUGCCUGUGCACAGCCUCAAGGUGUCUGUGAUGGACGAGGGGGGCCGGGCCAGCUUCACGGCGGUGCGUGUGACGGUCCGCGACAAGAACGACAACCCACCAGUCUUCAUGUUGCCGGAGUAUCAGGCGAACAUCAACACUGACGUGGCUCCCAGGACAACCAUUCUCAAGGUCGAGGCCAGUGACGCAGAUGAAGGGGCAAACAGUGAAGUGAAAUACCGCAUGUAUGAAGCCAACAGUUCUGAGGUGCUGGAGCUCUUCUCGGUCAACCCCACCACCGGCGAGGUCACCGUGGCACAGACCACCCACAGCCGAGAAAAUGAGGUGUACCAGUUUUUCAUCCGUGGCGAGGACAGCGGCUCCCCCCAGCACCACUCCGACGUGCCCGUCACCAUCUUCCUGCUGCCCCCUCAUGAGAACCCCCCGCACUGCGCCAGGAAGUAUGCACAGUUCUUCAUCAGGGAGGACGCCCCCAUCGGCAAUGUGAUCACGACCCUGUGGAUGGCGGGGCCACAGUCAGUGCAGUACCUGAUCAUGGUGGACGAGGGCAUGAAGGCAGCCAGUGAGGAGAGGGAGUCUGGGGAGAGUUCAGGGCCCUUCACCGUGACCUCCACUGGCCUGGUGGUGGUGCACAGGGCCCUGGACCAUGAGCGGCGACGCACACAUCACAUCAGCGUCACCAACCGUACACUGACCACGCCGCCCACGGUGGACUACAUGACCAUCUCUGUGGUGGUGAUGGACGUGAAUGACUGCCCUCCACGCUUCUCUGAGUCCAGCUACACAGCCCUGGUGGCCGAGAACAGCGAGGUGGGCGCCACCGUCACCAUCCUCACGGCCGCUGAUGACGAUGAAGGAAACCAUGGCCAGAUCCAGUACAGCCUCGGCCCCGAUGAAAGCGCUGUAGUGAAGUCAACUUUCCGCAUUGAUCCACACACUGGGACGCUGACCCUGACGGCCCCGCUGGACCGCGAGACCAUGGCCCAGUACUCCUUCACCGUCACUGCCACUGACGGGGGCCCCAAGCCUCUGUCCACCAGCACAAGAGUCACUGUACUGGUCAAGGACUACAACGACAACCCUCCAGUGUUCACCAAAGACACUUACGUCACUGCUGUGCCUGAGGACACCGCCACGGGCACGGCGGUGGUGGAGCUCAGCGUGACGGACGCCGACGAGUCUGUGGCCGAACUUGACUUCUUCAUCACCGGCGGCGACCCUGACGGCCAAUUCCUGGUGCACGCCUCAGGGGAGGUGUACGUGGCCGGUGAGCUGGACCGGGAGAGGCACGCCAAGUACACCCUCACCGUCACCGUCACCGACGGGAAGUUUACGGCCAACACGACUGUUACUGUGACAGUCAUCGACAUCAACGACAACGGUCCGGUGUGCAAGGAGCCAAUCUACCGUCGGGAGAUCUCUGAGGAUGCCACCCCAGGCACCCACGUGGCCUCUGUUGUGUCCUGGGAUGCCGAUGAAGGCACUGCUGCCUGGAGCCGCUACAUUCUCACCGGGGACAGCGCCCACCACUUCAGUAUUGACCAGCUGAAUGGCCACGUGGCCACAGCCACCCAGCUGGACAGAGAGGCACGGGACCACUAUCACCUCACUGUUGUGGUGGAGGACUGGGAGCACAAGGCCUGGCAGUGUGAGGUGGUGGUGGAGGUCCUGGUGACGGACACCAACGACAACCCCCCGUCCUUCUCCCUGGCCACCCACGCCGCCACCCUGCUGGAGGACGCGCCCAUCAACACCAUCGUCCUCAAGACAUCUGCCACGGACCCUGACCUCGGCAUCAAUCGACAGCUGCUGUACAACUUUGUGGACUCAGCGGAGGGCCACUUCACCAUUGACGAGAUGGAGGGUGUGGUCAGCCUGGCCCGGCCCCUGGACCGUGAGACAAGGGACUCCUACAGCCUGACAGUGUGCGCCGUGGACCAGGGAAGCCCACCGCUGUCAUCCACCACGCAGCUCAUCAUCACAGUCUCAGGUUUGUGA